AUGCAGGACGGAGGAUCUUCUCAGCUAAUAGCUUCCAGAAGGAUUCUUUCUAAUUUAAUUAAACAGUUCGACUUCAGUAGACGAGUACUGAAUGAAGUUAAACUCAAAGAAUUGAAACAGAUUUUAAAGAGUAAUCCGGAUAUCAUUGAGACUAUCUUUACUGAUUUUUUGAAAUAUUUCCGACAAAAUGAUUGUGAAUAUCGUUUGGCUGUUUUACAACUAUGUGCAGAACUCUUUCAACGAUCUCAUGUUUUCCGUAUUCAGCUGACCAGUCAUAUGCAGGAAGUUCUGUUGUAUACAGCAGAAACAGAUCCUCUCCAUUAUCCUCUUCCACCUCCCAAGGAAGCUGCCAAAAUUCUUAAAUUAGAAACUUUGAAGCUUGUCAAACUUUGGCAUGAGAAAUAUGCAGAAGCUUAUUCGAAAUUGAAUUUUGCUGUCAAUUUCUUGCGCUCUUCAAAAUCUUUAGAUUUUGAACACGCUAGUGCUGAACUUCAGAUUGAAAGGCAACGUGCUGAAGAAAGAGAUCGGAAAAAAGAUGAGCAGAGUAAGCGAGUGAUCGAGAAAAUUGAAAAAGAGUUUAAAGAACGAUUAGAGGAAAUUUCACGUUGUAUCAAUGAGACACGACAUGCACUUGAGCUCCUGGUGCCACGAUUUGAUAUUGAUAACGAUACACAUGACAAGAGACAUCUCGGUUAUGAGAAUGAGAUGAUUCAUGGAUAUAGUGUACUCGAACCAGUGGCUGUCACUGUUGCGCUGGAUGCACCAGUUGUGAAUGUGAAUGCAGAAAAUAAAAUAAUCAUAAAUGCUUUGAUGGACUGUAUGACAAUGUUGCAAUUUUAUAAGAAAAUCAUUUGCCGUUGGCUUAUCAAGCUUGGCAAGUAUGGUGGAAACAAUGGGCAGAAACUGUGCAAGGAAAUUGUUCAUUUAAAAGAUAGGAUUACGAUUGAAUUGAGAAAGUGUGAAGAAUUGCACUUGCAAAGCAAACAGAAGUCAGAUGAAGAAGAUUCGGAGACUGACGAUCUUGAAGAUGUGCCAGAAAAAGAAGGUUUGGAGUUGGAAUGCAAACCACCACAAGAAUUGCCCGAAUAUAUUUUAAGAAAAACAAUGGAAAACAGUUCAGCUGGUCCUAGCAAAAUUUCUGGAGUGCAGAAACCACUAAAUUUAUCGCCAGAUCACAAAAAGAGUGAAGAAUAUGGAAAUAAAGUACCAGUUUUGUCAUAUGGACUUGAUCUGAAAUACUGGGGUGAAAAUGACAUCAAGCCCGCUGAAGUACCACGAAAUAAUGCUGACUGCCAUCGAUUUUGGCGUCCUUCAGAUGAAAGUUGUUCAACAAAUUUGGAUAUCUCAGAAGCAUAUCACGCACGAGUUAUAACAUUUGUUGGUCAACAGUUAAUGAGUAGUCGGCAAUGCCGUGUUCCGCUUAGUGAUGGAACACUAUGUCCUCGUAUGGAUCAAAAACGCUGUCCACUACAUGGGAAGAUCAUUGAUCGUGAUGAGAUGGGAUUUCCAGUGAACGAAAUCAUUGAGAAAUCUUGCAAUUCAGAACAUGAUGCUAAGGAGGAGGAAGAAUAUAUUAGAGAUGUCGAAGCUGCGACUGGAGUUAAUUUGAGGGGAAAUGUAAAGCGAAGGAAGAGGAAACGACAAGAAGAUACUGAAGGAAAUGCACCAGUUGCCGUAAGAAAUAGACUCAGUGCUAAACUAUUUAAUCGAAGUACAAUGAAACGAGUUUAUGAAACAUUAGAAUCUGUUCGAAAAGCAAGAGCAACAAAGAAUUUCGAGCAUCAGUUCAAUUAUGCUUUAACGAAAAGUUGA